AUGGCGCUCCUUUACGGGAUAUUGUCAAUUGCAAUUUCUAUCCUCACAAUCCUUCAUUUCUACUCCCGGCUGGUCGCCCGCAGACCGAGAUUCCACUCUAAAGACGGGAAAUUCCGAGAUUUCGUUGAACAACAUGUUCCGAUUCUGCAGCAGAUCUACGAGCCAUGCUGGUGGUGUCCAUGGGGAAUCCCGCAAACACUGUUUCGCGUUCUUUUGAGACGCCUUCCAAAACUUCCGUUCGAGCGUGAGAUCGUAGAACUGAAUGAUGGUGGCUGUCUGGCUAUUGAUUGGCUGCAUCCAAAGAAUGGGAACCAGGAUACCCCAAUUCUGUUGAUGCUUCCAGGGAUGACGAGCUCAACUCAUGAUUGUGCUUACAUUUUGUACUCGGCACGACUGGCUAACCGCAAGGGAUAUCGGGUGAUCGUCGUUAAUCCACGUGGUCUUGGAGGGGUUCCAUUAAAAACAGCGAGAACCUAUAACCCUUCAAAAAUUGAUGAUCUUGAGACGGUGAUCACGUUAGUAACUAAAAAAUACCCAUCAGCUCGUAAAAUGGGUGCCGGCUUCAGCUUGGGUGGAAUGUCCCUCUUCAACUAUCUGAGUGCAAAGUGCAAGAAUACGGUAGGCCUCCAUGCCGCCAUGAUCAUCUCCUCGCCGUGGGACCCAAUCGAGGCGUCAUUUGUCAACGAGCGUUUCUGGCCUAGGAUCUUGUUCAACAAAUUUUUGGCCGGAGUCUUGCGUGACUACGUGAAGCCGUACAAGCAUCUAUUCGAAGACAAAUUUGACUGGGACCGAGCGAUGAAUUUGAAGAGCGUCCGAGAAUAUGACCAUUUCGUCACAGCACCACUUUUUGGGCAUAAUGACUGGGCAGAAUACUAUCACCAAGCCUCGCUAUAUCAUCAUCAUAAAAUCCAUGGCAUCCCGGUGCCGACAUUAUGCCUAAAUGCUCGAGACGACUGCUUCAGCCCGUUGUCUAGUAUUCCGUUUAAAGAGAUCCAAAACACAAAAAAUUUGGUGUCGGUGACGACAAAACACGGUGGCCACCUCGCUUUUAUGAGAUCUGGAAACCCAUCGGCUUUGGGACUCGACGAAAUGGCACUUUCUCAGUUCUCAGAUGCUCUGCUCAAUGGGGAUAUGGAUAUCCUUAUGGUGGAUACGGUGGAUACGGAGGAUAUGGAGGAUAUUAUGGCCGACCGUGGCAUCAUCAUCACCAUCAUCACCAUGGAUGGUGGGGACGCAAGUAGACGUGUCAUGUACAAA